UCGUGCAUUCAGCUGCUGAGCGGUUAAUUGCUUCCAAGUGAGGUCAGCAAAAGGUAUUUAUCGAAAACCAUUGAACAACAACAGGCUCAACACACACAGAAAACCCCUCUUGCGUGUUGAUUUAUGGAAACAAUUAGGAUUGUGCUGGAGUUUUUCUGAGUUGAGAAAUAGUUUGUCGCUACAGAAUCUCAUGUUGCAAAGAGCAGGCAGGAGAAAUGGAAUACGUGUAUAUUCAGCUGUUAUCUGCAGGAACAACGAGUCCGUGCAGUCCUGAACACUACAACUGCCGAUGUCACAAUAUCCUGAUACUCUGAAGGGAACUGUGUUGAGAAACAGUUGAGAAGUCCAGGUUUUAUGGCUUACACAGAAGACAAGAAUACAAGCCUGGAAGUGUCUUGAGUCAGGAAUUUGCAUCAACAGCACAGACUUCAUUCAGGUCCUGGACCUAGAAACACUAAUCCAUCUGAGAUUUACGUUUCAUUAUGAUGUCCAUGAACACCCAGAGCAGUGCACUAUAAUGCGCAAAUGGAUGCUAACUUGGAUCCUUCCAACUUUGCUCUACAGACCAUAUCUUCACAUAAUAUUCAUUCUGGGCACUGUGUCUCUAGCCUGCAAUGACAUGACUCCAGAGCAAAUGGCUAUAAACGUGAAUUGCUCCAGCCCAGAAAGACAUACCAGAAGUUAUGAUUAUAUGGAGGGAGGGGAUGUAAGAAUAAGGAAACUUUUUUGUCGAACGCAAUGGUAUCUGUGGAUUGAUAAAAGAGGCAAUGUGAAGGGAACACAGGACCCAAACAACAGCUUCAGUAUCUUGGAAAUUAGAACAGUGGCAGUCGGAAUCGUGGCAAUAAAAUGCAUUGAAAGUGAAUAUUUUUUAGCUAUGAACAAAUCUGGAAGACUUUACGGAAAGAAAUCAUGCAAUGAAGACUGCAAUUUUAGAGAAUUAAUCCAAGAGAACAAAUAUAACACAUAUGCAUCAGCAAAGUGGACAAAUAAUGGGAAAGAAAUGUUUGUUGCCUUGAACAGCAAAGGUUCACCAAUGAAAGGAAAGAAAUCCAAGAAGGAACACAAAGGAUCCCACUUCCUUCCGCUGUCAACAUCCUAACCAUAACCCUGAUACUGGUUCCAGCAGAUUAUUUUUAUUUUAUUAAUAUUAAUAAUAAUGCUAAUAAUAAAAAGUGGAAAAGGACACAAAUAUAAGCUGGAUCUACUACUGAAACAAACAAGCUGGACUUGCGCAUUUCAAAAGACUGUGGUCAAAAAAAGAGAGAAAAAGAAUCAAAAACCAAAAAAGUUAUCCAAAGAAUGAUAAUAAGUACAGGUUGUAAAAAGUCUGAAGAGUUGUACAAAUAUAUCUCAGUAAUAAUCCAGGGGUAUUAUUUUUGUUAAAUUAUAUAACCCCAAAGAAGGAGGGUUGACUUGAAUAUCUGAUGAUUAAUACUAAAAUAAAAUUAAAAAUCUGCUUGUCAAUUAAGGCUGCUAUAUUUUUUCCUAGAGCAGAUAAUAGUGUUAGCUAAACAUGUUGGAGUUUGAGGCUGCUGGAAUGAGGUCAGAUCUUCAAGUCAAUCCUGCAUGUAGACAUUGAAUGGUACAUUAAGAAAACCCUUAUUGAAGAAACUGUAUGCGCACUAUAAUAAAAAAAAACAAUAUUUUUUUUACGUUUGUGACUAUGGCAUUCAAAUAAAAAAUGUAUUUAUGGGAUGAGGUUAUACCACCACUUGUUUUUCCUCCUCAUUAUUAAGAAUGCCUAAUGCUGCUCAUAUUUAAAGCAACAGAACUGCUAAUACAUUACUCACUUGUCUCUGUGCAGUUUGGUCUACAAUAGCAUCAAUCUUUUGCAAAACUAACUUAAUAAAGGCUUUUCCGAUACUA